AUGAUAGAUGAAAAACAAUAUGCUACAGAUAAAGUGCAGGAGGUCGACUCGAGUCUUGACAUAGAGAAUAACGUCAUUACAACGAUAAUAUCACCACAUACUGGUAAGGUUGUUAACAUUACCAAUGAUGUUGACGAGGCCAUGAAAUUCGUUGAUGACGAGAAGCAAGUUGAAAUUGAUGCAAAAACAAAUAGAAGAAUUCUUCGCAAAAUCGAUAUGUGUCUAAUGCCAGUGAUGUGCUUAUUAUAUUGUUUCCAAUUUAUGGAUAAGUUGUCUAAUUCUUUUGCUUCAAUUUUGGGAUUGAGAGAAGACUUGAAUAUGGUCGGAGAUAUGUACUCGUGGACAGGUACUGCGUUUUAUCUUGGUUAUUUGGUAUUCGAGUUUCCGGCUUCUCUUUUGUUGCAGAGGUUUCCAGUUGUCAAAACAGUAUCUGUAUUUAUUAUUGUAUGGGGGGUUAUAUUGUGCUUGCAUGCCGUUCCUGACUAUGCUGGUUUCAUUGCCUUGAGGACCAUCUUAGGAAUGUUAGAAAGUUCAGUUACUCCUGCAUUUGUUAUUUUGACCAGUCAAUGGUAUAAGAAAGAGGAGCAGUUCAUUAGAACCGCAUUAUGGUUCAGUUGUAAUGGGAUUGGUACGAUACUUGGAUCUGGGGCCAUUGCAUAUAAUGUCUAUAUGAAUGAUGGUUCGUACUCUAUGGACGCUUGGAAAUUGAUUUUCAUUAUCACAGGCUGCUUAACAAUCUUCUUAGGUUUUGUUGUCAUGAUCCAUCUCCCUGAUACACCAACACAAGCAUGGUUCCUUACCGAAGAAGAAAAAGUGCUUGUUGUAGAGAGAAUCAGAUCAAAUCAACAAGGGUUUGGUAACAAACACUUUAAAAAGCAUCAAUUUAUAGAAGCAAUCACAGAUUUUAAAACCUGGUUAUUUUUUAUAUUUGCAAUCGCCAAUAAUAUUCCUAAUGGAGGUAUAACUAAUUUUGGAAGUAUUUUGUUAACUGGUAUGGGUUACUCACCAUCUCAAGCUUUGUUGAUGCAAAUGCCUCAGGGUGCAACUGAGAUUGUUGGCUGUACUUUGUUUGCAUGCGGUGUACUUUACUUUCCUUAUCGUAUGUUUUGGGCUAUAGCUGGUACUGUCAUUGUCGUCAUAUCAGAAUGCAUGUUGGCAUUUGCAAGUCAAGAAAAAGCUCAAUAUGCGGGCUUUACACUCUAUACGUUUUCUCCGAUUGGGUUCAUUUGUGUAUUAUCUAUCAUCUCUUCUAACGUGGCAGGCCAUACAAAGAAGGUUACGACGAAUGCUAUUUUCUUGGUCGGUUACUGUAUUGGUAACCUUAUUGGACCUCAAACAUUCAUUGAUACUCAAGCUCCUGCUUAUACUGGAGCAAAAAUAUCUAUCGUGGUUAAUGGAUUUGCUUCAUUAAUUGUACUUAUUAUAAUUUGGCUCGUUUAUGCUUUCGAUAAUAAGAAGAGAGAUAAACUAGGUAAAAACGAAGAAUUCGAAAACAUUCAAAACCAUGAGUUUGCAGACUUGACUGAUAAAGAAAAUCCUAGCUUUAGAUACGAAUUAUAG